AUCAUUAGAUAUUCUAACGUCUGACCAUGAAUAUAGUCAAUGGAAUAUGGGACCGAUGGAAGUCAUUUUCAACCGAAUUCGAACAAAAUAUGAACAGCUUUUUAAUCGAUUUCGAAAGAUUCUUUGAAGGAACGCAUGAAACAGCAAGAGAAGAUUCAAUUACAAAAGGAGAAGAUGAAGAGUGUGAGGACGGCGGGAAGACAUACAAAGUAGGAGAAUCCUGGACCAACGAGGGAGAAUGCAACCUGAAAGUGUGCCACCCUAGAAAGGUCAUCUCAGUUAGAAAGUGCCCAGAGUGGGUGGCCCCAAAGCAGUGUCGAACUCAAAAUCUGUUCAAGUUAAAAAAUUUCCCUGACUGCUGCCCCUCAGUGAUAUGCCCCAUAUCAACAAACGUGAUACCACCGAAAGUUUUAUAGUGGACAAGUCGAAAAACACUAACAACUUAUAAAUCCUUUCUUAGUCCAUAGAGAAACA